CUUAUUAAGUUUACUUAUUUUAUAUUAUAUAAAGAAAUAAAUAAUAUUAAAGAAUUAGUAUAUACCUUCCUUAAAAUAGUUAUUAUUAACUACGGUUUACCUAUAGAAAUAAUUUCUAAUAAAAAUAAGCUGUUUAUUAUUAAGUUUUAG